UUCCGAACGUCCUAGCAACAACUUCAUUCAUGUUGAGAGUGCGGCAAAUUUAACGCGGACAAGAUGAAGUAUUUUACUCCAUAUCACAGUAAUUUUAUCAGCGCUAACCAAAACAACAUUAACUACAUUCGAUAUUUGAAGCGUGUAUGGAAUGCUGACGUAUUUUAUGGCACAUAUAUCAAUGGAAGAUACGUUCCAGUAUCCAAAGCAAACCACAAGCCAAGCCUGCUCACACACAACGUGGGCCUUCAAGAUGUCUUCAACAAUGGCAAAGGGAAAAGAGACAACAUCAGCAUGCAGCCAAAGGUCUCUCUCCGAGAUCUCGUCAAAAAUAUUCCAGUAACUGGUUUCCUUCGAAACACUGAAACACAGGCCACAGUUGGUACAAAAGAUAUUGCUACUCAAAUCUCAGUACCAGGUGUGCUCCACAAGAAACAUGAAACAACAAGCACUGAAACACAGGUCAAAGUUAGAACCCAAGAAAUUGCCACUCAAAUGUCGGUUCCAGGAGUCAUCCACAAAAAAGCUGCUGCAGUAAGCACAGUUAGUACUCAAGAUAUUGGCACUCAAAUGUCCAUACCAGCAUCAAUCCUGAAUGAUGUUCAUGAAGGUCGUCCAAAUGAGCAGGUACCAAGAUAUCAGAUGGAUGCAAUGAAUCACACUCCGGCCUAUGACUACACAGUACAGCGGAAUGAGAUCCUCCAAAGGCACGCCAAUCUUCCCCUGUUGAAUCAUCAGGAGUUUCAAUUCCUAAAUCUGUUAGGGAAAGGAGCGAAAGGAUCUGUUUAUCUAGCUAUGGCUAACAACACUGUCCCAACAGCAGUAAAGGUGUAUCAUUCAGAAUAUUCCACAAAGCUCCAACAAGACAUUUUAAAUGAAUCAGGCAUUUUGUCAAUUCUGCAGGACACUGGUUUUGUGCCGCGGGUUUAUGGAUUACUUCCCGACCAAUCCGACGUAAGAAAACAUAUGCUGGUACAGGAGUUUUAUGGAAACGGCAGGACGCUUUGGUCAAUUCUUAAUGGGAGAGACCCAAAUGUUGUUAUUAACACUGAAAUCAAAAUCAAUAUUGCCUACCAGUUGGUGUUUGCACUCAAGGCCAUCCAUGACAAAGACGUCCUGCUGAAUGAUAUCAAAUCUAACAACGUCCUUGUCGACACCAGCACGCCUGACUUCAGAAUAAGAUACAUAGAUUUUGAUCUGGCCACAUUCCAAGGCAGCUAUCAAUAUUCGAUCCAGGCAGGAAAUGCCUUUGCAGCCAUUUUUGGAGGGCAAACAUUUUCCUGGCUUGCCCCAGAACAAUAUCUUUGA